CUCCAUCAACCCCGGCCUCUCGUCCUCCUUGUCGCCCGUUCUCGCCCUUCCGCCAUGACUCUUGCCCCCCCGGGCCCCGAGGCCUCCUUCUUCAGGGUAGUGGACCAGCACAGGGAGUGUCUGACCAAGUCCCUGGAGGGAGACGGCGGGGAGGCCCCUCGGCCCCCUUCUAGUUCUGAGGUUCUCGCAUCUAUAGAAAAUAUCAUUCAAGAAGUCAUCAAAAGUCUGGCAAGAAAUGAAGCACCAGUCCUAAUCCUGGAAAACAGAUCAAGUUGGGAAAAUAUAAAGUUUGAAGAUUCUAUAGGUUUACAGAUGGUAUCUCAUUGUUCUACAAGAAAAGUGAAAAGUGAUUCAUCAGUAACAACCCAAAAAUUUGCUCUAAUUCUUAAAAUGUUGUCUGUGGUCUAUAAAUUAGUACAGAGCAACACUUAUGCAACCAAAAGAGAUAUUUACUACACUAAUAUCCAACUAUUUGGUAACCAGAGUGUUGUGGACAAUAUCAUCAGUGAUAUUUCCUGUAUGCUAAAAGUACCUAGAAGAAACCUUCAUAUUCUGUCUACCUCAAAGGGUUUAAUUACUGGUAAUUUAAGUUACAUUGAAGAAGAUGGUACCAAAGUGAAUUGUACCUGCAGUUCCACAGCAGUAGCAGUGUCAUCUAAUAUUCAUGGAAUUAGAAAUUUGAUUACAGAUGCUAAGUUUAUAUUAAUCAUAGAAAAAGAUGCAACAUUUCAGCGACUCCUGGAUGAUAACUUCUGUCACAAAAUGUCUCCGUGCAUAAUGAUUACGGGGAAAGGAGUCCCAGAUCUGAACACAAGACUGAUGGUCAAGAAGCUGUGGGAUACAUUACACAUUCCGGUUUUCACUCUUGUGGAUGCAGAUCCACAUGGCAUAGAAAUAAUGUGCAUCUACAAGUAUGGAUCUCUGUCCAUGUCUUUUGAAGCCCAUAAUCUCACAGUCCCAGCUAUUAGAUGGCUUGGUCUCCUACCAUCUGAUAUUGAAAGAUUAAAUAUACCCAAAGAUACUUUAAUUCCUCUGACUAAACAUGACCAGAUGAAGCUUGAUAGCCUACAGAAGAGACCGUAUAUUGACCACCAGCCAUUCUGGAAAAAAGAAAUGGAGAUUAUGGCAGCAUCUAGAAUGAAGGCAGAAAUUCAAGCUUUGACCUCUCUUGCGCCAGAUUAUCUUUCAAGAGUGUACUUGUUUAAUAAACUAAAAUUCGGAGGAUGGAUUUAAAAAUAUUU